UACCUACGUCAUCACUCUCCGCACCGAGGAACCGUCCCCGAGCUGGGAGCGCACGUGUGGUUGUGUGAAACGUUAUCCCAUGGCGGGCUCAUUCUCUCAAGAGCUCGAGGAUCUGUUGAAUCCUCUGCCUAAGUUUGCCGAUCCGGAGGAUGACGAAGACGAGGCCACCAAAGCCAAAGUGAUCGAAGGAUUCAACGAGGACGCUGAUGAAGAUGGGGUCGGCCCCAGCGCUCUGCGGAAGCACAGCACAUCCCUGCUCUCAGAGACUGACACACGGUACGUGGGGAAGACCGUCUCUCGGAAACAGCUGCUGAUGGACAUUGAGGGAUCCGAGGAAGAGGAGGACGACGACGACGAUGAUGAUGAUGAUGAUGAUGAUGGAGAGGAGGGGGAGGGCAGCAAUGAAGAAGAGGAUUCCAUGGAGGAUGGUGAUGAUGAUGAUGAUGAUGAUGAGGAGGAGGAGGAGGAGGAGGAGGAGGAGGAGUUGGUUGGCAGUGAUGCACACCUGGCGUCUAAGAGGAAGACUGCUGACAUGACCCUUCCUCAGGGGGUGGACUUCCACAAACUGACAGAGGGCAUGGACGACCUGGGAGUGAGUGAAGAUGAUGAUGGCAGCGGCGAGGAGACCGAAGACAGCGAUGAAGAUGACGGCUCUGAGGAGGAGGAGGAGAACGACGAUGAUGAUGACGACGACAUGGAAGAGGAUGAAAUGAAGAAUGAGGAAACCUGUAAGCGCACAUUUUCUAAACAGAAAGUGGACGAGGAGGUGGAGAAGGGGAAGGCCGUGAAGAACCAGCUGGGCCUGUGGGACCAACUGCUCGAGGGCCGAAUCAAAAUCCAGAAGGCUCUGGUGACGGCCAACCAGCUCCCGCAGCCGCAGACCCUCCCCGAGUUCAAGAGGAGGGGUGGAGCCGAGCUCGCGGGGGAGCUGAAGAAUACCCACAAAGCCCUGAAAGCCCUCCAGCGAUCCCUGCUGGAGCUGCACGACCAGCUGCUGUGCCAGAGCGCCGACACGAGGGCCAUCGCUCUGGGGAAGACCGGACCUCAGGGCGAAGACGAGGAGAUAAACAGUGAUGAGGAUGAAGAGGGGUCAGUGCAGGAGCGUGGAGCGCCUAAACGAAAACUGGAGACGGCAGAGUACCCGGACUUCAUGGCCAAACGGUUUGCUGCUUUCCAGCCGUACCGAAACGCCACUCUGCAGAAGUGGCACGACAAAACCAGACUGACUAUGGGCAAAAGCAGCAAGGGCUUCGGGGCGUUCGACAGAAACAUACUGACACAGGUGGAGCAGGUGCUGACGGACAAUGAGAGGCUGGUGCGGCGCACCCAGACCCGACGCUCAGAAUACAGGAUCCUGGGGAAAAAAGAAGCCUCUGCUCUCGCCUCUGAGACCACCUUCACGGAGGGAGAGGAGGCGGAGCAGCAGCUGAAAGCCAACAGGCAUCUGAAGGACCUGGACGAGGAUAUAUUUGACGAUGACGAUUUCUACCACCAGCUACUGAGGGAGCUGAUCGAGCGCAAGACGAGCGCAGCGGACCCCAAUGACCAGGUGGCUAUGGGCAGGCAGUGGCUGGCCAUCCAGAAGUUGCGCAGCAAGAUCAAGAAGAAGGUGGACACCAAAGCCAGCAAGGGCCGUAAGGUCAGGUUCCACAUCCACAGUAAGCUGGUCAAUUUUAUGGCUCCUAUUGACCACAGCUCGAUGGGCGACGAGGCACGCAGCGAACUGUACCGUGGCCUCUUUGGCCAGAACUCCACAGCCAGGGAGUGAGGAAGGAGGUAGUACUCACAGAGCCUGAUUACAAACAAAGAAGUGCCUUUUUCCCUUAGCCAGGAGUGAUGCCAAGCUGGGACAGAGACUGGGCCUGCUCCGGGUCAGGAGAGGCUCUUCAGAGGGCCGGCAGCCAUGGUGCUCUGACUUUACAGGAUACGGACUUACAGGGCACAUCCAGUUCUUAUUAAGUACUGAGUAGCAUUUUCAGUAUAUGUUGUUUAUGUACAGAAAACGCUGUAUGUUUAUCUUGUCACAGAGUCUCAUAUGAUUCAAGUAAAGUGUCUCUACUUCAAAUUGCUUGGCCUUUUUUAAAGUAGUGAACUGUCCUAACAUAUAUGGUGUGUCCAAUUCCAUACAACAUAGUAACUGUAUACAGUGUCCGGUUUAAGCAGUCAGUAUAAAAAACACAAAUGUCACACAUGGAAUGAGACAGUACUUUAUAUAAGAAUUGACCUACUAAAUAAACU